AUGUCUAAGGGACCUGUAGUUGUCAUCGAUCUUGGCAUCACCUCUUUUUAUGUGGGUGUCUUCCAGCAUGGAAAUGUGGAAAUAAUUGCCAAUGAUCAGGGAAGCUGAACCACCCCAAGUUAUGUCAUGAUUACUGAUAUCGAACGAUUGAUCAGUGAUACCACAAAUAAUCAACUUGCAAUGAAGCCCACCAACACUGUUUUUGAUGCCAAAUGCCUGAUUGUACAUAGAUUUGAUGAUGCUGUUGUUCAAUCCUCUAUGAAGCAUUGGUUCUUCAUGGUGGUGAAUGAUACUGGCAGGCCCAAGUUCCAAGUAGAAUACAAGGCAGAGACAAAAAGUUUCUAUGCAGAGGAAGUGUCAUCUAUGGUUUUGACAAAGAAGGAAAUUGCAGAAGCCUACCUGAGGAAGACUCUUACCAAUGCUGUCGUCACAGUACCUGCUUACUUCAUUGAUUCUCAGUGUCAGGCUGCCAAAGGUGCUUGAACUGUUGUUAGUCUGCAUGUACUUACAAUAAUAAGUGAGCCAACUGCUGCUGCCAUUGCUUAUGGCAAACUGCUGGCUUAUGGCUUAAACAAAAAGGUUAGAGCUGAAACAAAUGUGCUGAUCUUUGACUUGGGAGGUGGCACUUUUGCUGUGUCAAUUCUCACAACUGAAGAUGGAAUCUUUGAGGUCAAACCUACAGCUGGGGACACCCACUUAAGUGAAGAAGACUUUGACAACCAAAUGGUCAAUCAUUGUAUUGCAGAGUUCAAGCGCAAGCAUAAGAAGGGCGUCUGUGAGAACAAAAGGGCUGUCCUUCACCUCUAUACUGUUUGUGAACAACCUAAGCAUACCCUCUCUCGCAGCACCCAGGCCAGUAUUGAGAUUGAUUUACUCUAUGGAGGAAUCACCUUCUAUCCCUCCAUCACCCGUGUCUGAUUUGAAGAAUUGAAUGCUGACCUUUUCUGUGGCACCCUGGUCCCUGUAGAGAAAGCCCUUCGGGAUGCUGAGCUCAACAAAACCCAGACCUAUGAUAUUGUCCUGGUGGGUGGAUUCUUGGAACUCUGUAUUCCCAAGAUUCAGAAACUCCUACAGGACUUUUUCAAUAGAAAAGAGUUGACUAAGAGCAUCAACCCUGAUGAGGCUGUUGCUUAUGGUGCAGCUGUCCAGGCAGCCAUCCUAUCUGGAAACAAAUUUGAAAAUCUUCAAGAUUUGCUGCUGUUGGAUGUCACUCCCCUUUCCCUUGGCAUUGAAACUGCCGGUGGAGUCAUGACUGUCCUCAUCAAGCGCAACACUACCAUCGCUACCCAGCAGACACAGACCUUCACUACCUACCCUGACCACCAGCCUGGUGCGCUCAUUCAAGUUUAUGAAGGUGAGCGGGCCAUGACCAAGAAUAACAACUUGCUUGGCAAGUUUGUACUCACAGGCAUACUUCCUGCACCUCAUGGUGUUCCUCAGACUGAAGUCACUUUUGAUAUUGAUGCCAAUGACAUUUUCAAUGUCUCUGCUGUGGGUAAGAGUGCAGGAAAAGAGAAAAAGAUUACCAUCACAAAUGACAAAGGUUGUCUGAACAAGGAAGACAUUGAGUACAUGGUCCAGGAGGCUGGGAAAUACAAAGAUGAAGAUGAGGAGCAUAGGGACAAGGCGUCUGCUAAGCAUUCACUUGAAUCCUAUGCAUUCACCAUGAAAGCAACUGUUGAAGAUGAAAAUCUUCAAGGCGAGAUCAAUGAUGAGAACAAACAGAAGAUUCUUGACCAGUGCAAUGAAAUCAUCAACAGGCUUGAUAAGAAUCAGACUGCAGAGAAGGAAGAAUUUGAACAUCAGCCGAGAGAGCUGGAAAAAGUCUGCAACCUCAUGAUUACCAAGCUGUACCAGAGUGCAGGAGGCAGGCCAGGAGGGAUGACUGGGGGCCUCCCUGGUGGUGGAGACCCUCCUGGUGGUGGUGCCUUUUCUGGGAUCACCAUCAAAGAGGUUGAUUAA